AUGGCGUUCCUACUUCGGCGACCGUUUGCUGUGACGGCGACGCUGAGCCGAGCGGGCCCGAAGUCGGCGUUGGCCCACACAUGUCGCGCCCUGCACAGCACGCCACUCCAACGACACGCACACGUCUCGACGCGGAAGGCGCUUUCCCUGUCGACAGGACAGAAUGCGACGCGCUUCGGCCAGACGUUCCGCCGCUCGUACCAGCAAGCCGCCCUCAACCCGGCGGCACAGGGCGACUUGCGACAACGCCUCAUGUACGGCGCUGGCAUCUUCGGCGCAACGCUGCUGGCCAUCAACCUGGUCUUCAACCGCGAGACGCGCGAGGAUGGCGGCAUGCCGCCGUUUGAGCGCGCCUACCUCAACGACACGUUCAUGCACACGGGGCUGGGCAUCGGCAUGAUUGGUGUCGCGGCGCGCGCCCUGCACAUGAACGGGUGGAGUGUCCGUCUCAUGAGCGCGAACCCGUGGCUGGUGCUCGGCGUCGGGCUGGUGGGCAGCAUUGGCACAAUGUACGGGACAAGGGCGACUCACCCGAGCAACUACGUGCAGAAGUACGCCCUGUGGUCCGGCUUCAACCUCACACAAGCUCUGCUCCUCUCGCCCCUGUUCUUCAUGCACCCGGCCAUCCUCGCCCGCGCUGGUCUCUACACUGUCGGCAUGAUGGGCUCCAUUGCCUUCGUCGGCGCUACUGCCAAGACAGACAAGUACAUGUACCUUGGCGGCCCCCUCCUUGCUGGCGUCGCCGUCGUUGCCCUCUCUGGUCUCGCGCCCCUCGUCAUCCCCGCCACCGCGGCCCGCACUCUGAUGUUCACAGAGAACAUCUGGCUAUACGGGGGUCUCGCUGUGUUUGGAGGCUUCACCCUGUACGACGUGCAAAAGGUCCUGAACCAUGCCCGUCUGGCAGAGCGUGGUCUGAUUCCUAAGGAUCCCGUCAACGAGUCCAUCUCGCUGGAAUUGGAUUUUAUCAACAUCUUCGUGAGAAUGGUGCAGAUUUUGGCCAUGCAGCAAAACAGACGGAAGUGA